AUGGCCGCGGCGCGCCCGGAGCCCCCGCGUCCCGGCUCCCAAACCCCGGGGUCGCGCUCGCCGGAGCCGCCGGACGUGGUCCUGCUGCCCGAGCCCGGCCGCCCCGCCACGCCGCCGAGCGACUUCGUCGAGAUCCAGGUGGUGAAGGUGACCGACAGCAGCCUGGGCCCCGCGCCCCCCGCGCCCCCCGCGCCCGGCUCGCUCCGCUGCGCCCUGUGCCCCGCCGCCUUCCGCCUGGUCUCCGAGCUCCUGUUCCACGAGCACGGCCACGUGGCGGGGCCCGCGGGCGGCGAGCCGGGUCGCUGCCACGUGUGCGGCCACCGCUGCCCGGGCCCGGCCAGCCUGCGAGCCCACUACAGCCUGCACACCGGCGAGCGGCCGUACCGCUGCGCCCGCUGCCCGCGGGCCUUCCGGGCGCUGGCGCCGCUGCUGCGCCACGAGCGCCGGCACGGUGCGGGGGCGCGCGGGGAGGCGGGCGCGCAGGGGCCCGGGCUGCCCGAGGUGCUGGCCGCAGCGGCGGCCGGCGCGGCCGUGGGCAAGCCCUUCGCCUGCCGCUUCUGCGCCAAGCCGUUCCGCCGCUCGUCCGACAUGCGGGACCACGAGCGCGUGCACACCGGCGAGCGGCCCUAUCACUGCGGCGUGUGCGGGAAGGGCUUCACGCAGUCCUCGGUGCUGAGCGGCCACGCGCGCAUCCACACGGGCGAGCGCCCCUUCCGCUGCGGCCUGUGCGACCGCACCUUCAACAACUCCUCCAACUUCCGCAAGCACCAGCGCACGCACCUCCACGGGCCUGGCCCAGGCUUCGGAGACCCUUUAAAGGGGCGCGGGGAGAUGCCAGCCCCGGUGAAAACGGAGGCCGACCCCUAGAGGCGGGGGCAGUGCCGCAGGGCUCCGGGCUCUGGACCCCCACCACCCUCUGCCAGACUCUGAAAGGGGCAGGUGCAGCCCCUCACUCCCAUCAUGCCUCUGUCCCAGGUCUGCAGCACCCGGGCUGUCUUGGGGGCUCCCUGGGGGUGACCAGGGUAGAAUCUUGGCCUAUCUCACUGGACUGCACUGCACCUCAGAGAUUAGCACCCCUUUCUCACAGCCGUGGGUCCCCAAGUCACCGCCUGAAGGAUGGUGCCAGCCCCAGAAAGCCUAUCCACCACCUCCCGACGCAGCCAAGGGAACUGACCCCCCCAAAGGCAGGGCUCACAGCCGCCGCUGGGGGCGAGUCAUGGAGUGAGGGGUCGCUGGUGGGUGAGCGGCACUUGGGGCUGGGGUUCCUAUUAAAGGACUUGUUGAAGGC